AUGCGCCGCCUUACCACUGCCUUUGCGCCGGCCUCUGACGACGUCCCCGAGCUGCCGCCGCCGCCGCCGCCCUCCCAGCCAGACGACGAGGCUGCCGAUCCGCAGUCACGGCCGCAGAGCCGCGAGUCCGUGGCGUCACUCGACCGUCCCUCCACGCCGCCCGUCCAGCAACAGUCCAACAAGCACCGUCGCUUCUCCGUUCUGCGGUUUCGAAAUGCUUCCGACUCCCAGCUGUCUCUCCGUGUCAAGCAGGCAGCCGAGAAGCCUCCUCCCGUUCCUCGACCUCCUGCCAUCAUCACCACCGCUCCCACCAUGAACAUGGAACCGAACAGCAUCAGAAAGUCAUCCUCCCGCCUCGGGCUGGCUGCGAUGCUGCGUCGAUCCGCCGACAUUCCCCGCGACGAUCCCGUGUCCAGCCAUCGCCGCGACCCCAUGCCCAGAAAGUCCAUGGGCGACCAAGGGCGACCUUCGCUGAGCGUCGCAGACGAUCCCGAUCCUCAAUCCCCGCGGCCUUCGACCCAGACGACUUCGCUAUCGUCCACGUCCUUCUUCAAGCUGCGCAGGAACAAGAGGCCGCCGGAGCUUUUGUUUCCCUUUGCACAUCUUCAACAAAAGGGCGGCGCGACGCCGGCAGACGGGAACUCGACCGCAUCUUUAGGCGUCGAGGCCACGCCACGCCCGGUUUCCGCCCAGAGCACUGGCCUGCACAAAGCCGAGACUGACCACGGCCCUCACCCGAACCCGGCCAUUGCCCUGUUCAACGCAAACGCCGCGCCUCGCUCCGACCACUCCUCUCCGACCCGGACCACCCUGCUGCGCGGGAGGUCGUCCACGUUGAGCUCGAUAGGACGAGACUCCAACGAUGAGCACCUCGGGCCGCCCGCCAAUUCGCGGACGUCCACCUCGAUUGGCCGCAAGAGCUUCGGUGACCUGCUGGGACUGACCCGGCUUCGCCAGAACUCGGACCUCAGCCGGCAAGGCUCCUUCACACCCGCCACGCCAGGAUCCACUGGCUCCAAGAACAACUCGCUGCAGCUGCCGAGAGAUUCCAUAGUCCUCCCCGAGCGCCUCGAGGACGAAUCCCCCGCCAAGUACAUUGCUCGAAUAGAAGGCAUGGUCAGCCGGGGUGCCAUAGCUGCGGCGCUGUCAAAGGGAACCGACGCCUUUUCGACCGCCGCCCUGAGGAGCUUCAUGAGAACGUUUAGCUUCUUUGGAGAUCCCAUGGACAUGGCCAUUCGCAAGCUCUUGAUGGAAGUGGAGCUGCCCAAGGAGACGCAGCAAAUUGACAGGUUUCUGCAGGCGUUUGCGAACCGCUACCACGAGUGUAACCCCGGCAUCUACUCCUCGCCCGACCAGGCCUACUUCAUUGCCUUUUCUCUCCUCAUCCUUCACACCGACGUCUUCAACAAGAACAACAAGCACAAGAUGCAAAAGGCGGAUUACCUUAAAAAUACCCGCGGAGAGGGCAUCUUUGAUGAGAUUCUCGAGUGCUUCUACGACAACAUUUGCUAUACCCCCUUUAUCCACGUUGAAGACGACUUAGAUUCGAACCACGAGCGCCACGGAGGUCUCAAGUCGAAACGCAAGAUUCUCCCGGCCCCUCCAGGUGACCCGGCCAAGCGAGCGGCAAAGGAGCCUCUCGAUCCCUACACCCUCAUCAUCGAUGGGAAUCUAGACGUGCUGCGACCAAACCUCAAGUCCGCCAUCCCCCUGGAAGACCAGUACCGCUAUCUGGGGCCGGGCCAGACCCUCAACCUGAAGGACCUGCAAAAGACCUUUUUCAGGACAGGAGUCUUGCAGAUUGUCUCUGCGAGGUCCCGUCCAGAUGCAUUCAUGUCUGAUAAGCCCCUCAACAACCCAGAUGACGCACCGGGCAUCGUCGACAUCAAGAUUACAAAAGUUGGGCUUCUUUGGCGCAAGGAAGCCAAGAAGAGAAAGACACGAUCUCCCUGGCAGGAAUGGGGCGCCAUCCUCACAGGCGCUCAGCUCUACUUCUUCCGCAACACCGGCUGGGUCAAGAGUCUCAUGCACCAGUACGAAAACCAUGUCAAGUCUGGUCACGACGGGAUACCCAUCACCUUCAAACCCCCUCUGGAGGAGUUCAAGCCGGAUGCUCUCAUGUCUACCAAGGGCGCUGUGGCUCUCCUCGAUACGUCCUACAAGAAGCACAAGAACGCCUUCAUCUACGUCAGACAAGGAGGCUUGGAUGAAGUCCUUCUUGCUGACGACGAGCAGGAGCUGCAUGACUGGCUGGCCAAACUCAAUUACGCUGCCGCCUUUAGGACGUCGGGCGUUAAGAUGCGCGGCGUUGCUGGAGGCACCUAUGACGGCCACAGUCGCCGGGCUUUCAGGAGGCUUGAAAGCUCGGACGCCACGCAACUUGUCGAGACACCCACUGGUCUUGUGUCGAUUGCGCGGAGCCGAAUCGACCGCAAGAUGGCCGAGGAUAUCCAGCAGGCGAGACGCGAGAUUAUGCGAGAAAAGAUUGCCGAGGCGGACCGCAAGAUUGAGGAAGCCAAGAAGGCCCUGGAAGACCAGCUGAGGAAUGCCCGCCACCUCCAGAUACUCGCGCCUAUCCAGCCGAGGACGAGAGAACAGCUCCUCCUGGCCGCGGCUCGCAUGUCUGCGCAGCUUAGGUGGGCGCGCAUGGAGAUCUGGAAGGAAAAGUGCCACCGUGAUAUUUUGGCCUUGGACCUGCAAGAAGAAGGGGAGCUGAUCGAGGAGAAGCCUACAGCUGACACGCGGCCCUCGGUCGAGGAGCGUCGUGUCUCGUCAGCUCCACACCCCUCCGGUUCCGUGAGUAAACGACCCGAGUCCAAGGCAAUGUCCGAGAAGCUGCCCCAGUCGCCUCUUGUGGAGGCUCAUCCAGCCUUCUUCUCGGACAAGGAUGACUUCACGGUGGAGUUGCAGGAUCCGGCGGCGCGGCCAACGUCGCCGCCUUCAACGCGCCCAACGAGCGAAGUGCACCCGCAGCUCGAGGUGCAGGAAACGCCCAAGCUGGACAUUGGAAGUGUCAGGCAUGGCUCGGUUUCGAGCAUCACGCCCUCCCCCGUGCAGCCAUCCACGGACGAAGCGGCCGAUGUCAAGUCGAAUCACACGCAUGACGAGGUGGACGCUGAUGAAAGGCACUUCUUGAGGCAGGCGGGCCUGUUGGAGGGAAGAGUAGGGCGGGAUCCGUCAGACAAGUCCAUCACGUCCACGGCGGGAGAGGCCGGCGAGCCUUCCUCGUCAGCAGACAAGUUUGAGAGAAGCAAGAUUCGGCGCAGCCUUCAACGCACCCUUAGGGAGAGUGCUGGUCACCUCUCGCACCAUCGGAGCCGGAAAGGCAGGGAGACGGGCCCGGCGGCGUCAACAGAGGACGCCGCUCGCGACAGCACGCUAUCACGAGGAACUGGAAGCUUUGUCGUCCACGGAAAGAAGGCUUCCGUCAUUCAACUCGGGACAGAGCUGCAAGUCUUGAACAACGAGGAGCAGCUUCUGGCCCGGAAAUCGCAGCAGCAGAGCUACCGGCAGUCUACUGACCAGCCUGCCUUUUCCCCUCCGAGCGAGGAGCAGGAGGACGAUUUUUACUCCGUGCUCGAAGCACCUUUGGAGCACAGCGAGUCUCGUGAGCGAAGAGAGUCGGCAGCGAGCGCCAGUACGGCCACAGCCAGGAGCUUCCGAGAGCUUCAUCGCAAGUACUCGUCGGCUCAGGCAGCCCGGAGCGUCUCCGCUGGAGGAAGGCUGGCCGUUCCUUCAGAUGCCGACAGCGAGGUGGCGGUGAGCUUUUCGGACGGCCGAAGAUCGCCCUUACCGCCCAUGGAAACCGAGGAAGAU